AUGUCCCACUCCACCGCGUCCUCGCCUCCCACCAUACCGCCCGUGCGCGAAGCACGCGAGGCGAGAGGGUCAAUCAGCUCCCAGAGCAGUAAUCCCGACUCGAGCACAAUAUCCUUCGAAUCUUCUUUCAGAUUAGAAUCUGGCUAUCCAACACACGACUCCAACACAGAGAAACACCCCAAGGGGAAGCGGAAGAGAACCACGACCCAGGAUAAAGCUAUCCUUGAAGCCGCGUACAACUCGAAUCCGAAACCUGAUAAGGCAGCGCGUCUUGAUAUCGUGAGUCGCGUCUCACUCAACGAAAAAGAGGUUCAGAUAUGGUUCCAAAAUCGUCGCCAGAACGAUCGCCGGAAAUCGCGUCCCCUUUCGCCUCAAGAGAUCGCGGCACUUAGAUAUGGCGGGGGUGUGCAGAUACUGUCGUCCGACUCUAUUCCUGUGCAAAUGGGCUCGCAGGAAGCACCUGUGCAGCAAGGCGAGACGCGUAUAGGAGACGAAAAACCUUUGGAUGCGGAGAAAACGCCUUCUAGCUCCCAGGACGCGAGCCCCCAGCACUCUGUCCACUCUUCCCCGAAGCUGAGCCCCACAGACAAAUCCGUCAUGGGUAAGCCAGCUAUACCAGAGCCUGAGAACUCGGGGCGACACACACCACCUCCACCCCAGAGGACCGAGUUCGAGGGUCUCUCGCUUUCCCAAAUUUCGUCUGCAUCAGUUGCGUAUUUAGCAAACCGGCGGAGCUUCGAUAACUCAUUUUGUACGCCUCCUACCUGGGGGCGAACCGGGGACGAAUCGUUUAGGUUUGAGUCGUUUUCGUCUUCUUUUAACUCGGCCAAUGGUAGCUCUCCCGCCUCGAUUCUUCCGCCACCUUCAUCUGCAUCAUCAUCUCGCGUCCGCCUGUCACUCUCCUUAGAUGGAAAGGCCGAACUGGUUUCCUCUCAACCAUCGCCACCUAGACCUGCUCAGAUGCAACUAUCAGGUGAUGCAGAUACGUUACCGCCAGUUCGCACUCACAGGACCCUUCAUAGGAGUCGAAGUGCCCUGCCCGGAAUUACUCUCCCGCCCAUUUCGACCCUUACGGCUCACUUGCCCCCUCAACUUACUCGGGGCCGUUCUCGGGAUGUACAUGCCUGGGAAUCUUGCUGCGAAGCAGAUACUCGUGAUGAGUUAACAAAGCAGGCCGAGAACGAGUCUUCUGGUUCCGCAGUUGCAGCUAUUAGCCUUCUACGAUCAAGCAGCAGCACUUCCAGCCUUAGCAGCAUACUUCACAGCCAUAGCACAUCGCAUGUGCUUCAAUCUAACCCUAACAAGCGCAACGCGCCACAGAACAAACCCACACACCGCGAAGGGGCACCUAAGAAAGCUAAGCUUAGCCGCACAACUAGCAGCGUAGCGCGUAUGCAGACCCUCCCACCCACAUCACUACUGGAUACUCGACCCGAAACGAUCGACUUGGAGACGCCUGGAAAAGGCAGUCUCACUACCAUAUUAAGUCCAUCCGGAGAUUCUGACAAGGAAAACUGGAGCCCAAAUUCGGAAGGAAACCCCAAUCAUCGACGACCGCUGCCUUCCCCCAAGGCACAGGCACAAGCUAUUUCGAGCAAAAACCCUCGCCGCGUUGGACGCCCGCUUGGCGAGCAGACUAACAUAUCCAAACGUUCACUCUUCGGAAACAGGUCUAAUACAGCACCAUCUUUGAAACUACGCGAUUCUCCCAUGGCAAUCUUUGAGGAUAAGGAGAACGGCAAGGGAGAGGACGAGCCUAGGAAGCUACACCAAGGUUCAGUCAGCCCUACGAAAUGUGGAGACCUGGAUUGCGUGGCUGGGCUGUUGUCGCUGAGUCAGGGAAACUGGCGCUGA